AUGAAAUUCAAGUGGUCUUCAUGUCUGGGUGAUCAUAACAAUCCUUCUUCACAUACUUCCUCGAGUACUCAUCAACGCAUUCUCUCAUAUCCUCCAACGAAUGGAGCUUCUAAUGGUGUUGAUCAUCAUCAUGUCGCGACAACCACCACCACAGCCAACACCACCAGCUCUUCUCAUCGAGACCCUUCCAUUAGUAGCUCCACUCCUCUUCUUCAAUCAUCAUCUUCUUCUUCAUCAUCUCAUCAUCACAAACGAUCCAAAACAACGUCAUCCUCCUCUCGAGCUCCACUUUCUAAUCCUCCUCAUAAAUCUAUUUUCGGCUCCUCUCGAAAGAAGAAGAACAACUCCAGCAACAAGAGUACACCCACCUCUGGUAACAGUUUCUCACUCAUCGGUACCAAUAACAAACACUACAUUUACAAGCCUUUGAAAAAGUUGAGUGAUACGAGUCAUCAUGAUGGUCUGAUAGCCUCCAAUAGUAGUGAUGUUUGGCAAAUUGAAUUGAUUGAACCGAGUGAGCUUCGUGGAAUUUAUGCUCUCAAGAGAAUUAAAUUGGUGGAUGAUGAUGAUGGUGGUGCCAAUAACGGUGAUGGUGGUGGUGGUGGUGGUGAGGAUGAUAAUUGUUGUUGUUCUUGUUACGGAUCUAAUUUGUUGUUGAUGAGGUCCAUCAAGCAAAAUCAAAACAACAAGGUUCAUCAUAGGAAAAGUGGAGAGAGUAGCGUUUCUUCCUCAUCAUCCUCAUGUUCCUCCUCCUCAUCGUCCUCAACAACAAUCACCACUACCACUACCACCAACAGGACUGGAAACCUUCAUGAAGCGACUCGUCCUCCUUCAACAACAGCUGUCGUGAGUAGUAGUAGUAGUAGCAGAAGUACUACGAGUUUCAACGAUCAUCAUGAUGAUCAAGGACAUACAGAUGAUCAUAUGACCACUUCUCCUCUCCAAUCAUCUCCUUCCACUUCUACCACAAUGAAUGAAUUUCAAUCAUCAUCAUCAUCACCUCCUACUUCCUCGACCGAUCCAUCCUCCUCUUCCUCAUCCUCCUCCUCCUCAACAACAACAACAACAAAUUCUCUCAAACACUCUCAUCAAAACACCAACAUUACAUUAAUGGAUUUACAACAUUUAAAUAUCGUUCAAUAUUACGAUACAUUUAUUUCUCAAAACAUUGCAGGCAAAUUUUUGAAUAUCUUGCAAGAAUUUUGUACCACUUCGUUACAGAAAUUGUUUGAUUUGAAACAGGACAUUCCAAUGAAUUAUCAAAUUCAAUGGACACUUCAUAUAGCACAAGCAUUGAAAUAUAUUCAUGAUGAGUGUCACAUUAUACACAGAGAUGUGAAACCUGAUAAUAUAUUGCUGAAAAAAGUUGUGUUAAAUAAUAAUAAUAUGAAUGCUAGUGGUAGUGGAAAUACACAAUCACCUUCUCAUUCAAGUCCUCAAGCAUCCUCCAUGAAUAAUAAGGAAGGGUCAACUUCACCUUCUUUACAACAACAAUCUAAAUUAAUCAUCAAAUUGGCUGAUUUCGAUUAUGCCAAACAAGUCGAUGUGAGCAAUGCAAAAACAUUUUGUGGCUCUCAAGAAUACAUUGCACCUGAAAUAUUCAAGUAUGGAUAUUACAAUCAUCACGUUGUACAACAGAAAAAGAAGUUACACAAUCAUGUAACAUCAUCAUCAACAAUGAAACAAUCAACAAAUGGAGGAUCAUUUUCCAACAACAAAAACACUACUUCUAGUGUUAACACAACUACUAGCUCUAUAACAAACAAUCCUUCUACUACCUCAAAUUAUUUUUAUUACACAAAUAAGGUCGAUAUAUGGUCCUAUGGCGUGGUUGUGUAUCAAUUAUUGGUGCCACCUUUAAAAUUAAAUCAUUUACCAAAAUUUAGAGAUGAAUUGGCUAAGAAUCCAAAUUAUGUCAAAAACUUACUGAAGGAUUAUUUAUUCGAAGAUCAUGAUCCCAUUACUGUCAUUCAGGGCUCAACAAGUGGAGCCACAUCUGACAUCAACAACACUCUGGAUCCUUCUUCCCAACAGAAUUAUCCGGAAAAUAUUAUCAUUAAUUCAUCUCUAACCAAUCAACAAUUGUAUCAGCAAUGUAUGGCUCAGAUUGUGACUGAUUGUUUGCAAUUGGAUCCCAAUCAAAGACCAGAUGCCAAAGAUAUUGUGAGAAGAAUUGAAAUUAUUUAUUACCAUACUUUUAAUAAGGGACUCAGUUCAAUGCAGAAAUAA